GCUGUGAUCACUGCCAUGUUUAAAUUAAGUGAUUGGUGCAUGUGUGUAAUGCUACAAGAAAAGUACAGUCAUUACCAUUACAUUCAUUUGAACAAUGGCAGGACCAGAAUCUGAAAGGUUUGCGGUCUUUCCCAUUAGAUUUGAUAAAAAAAACACACAAAAAAACUAAAAAAUUAAGAACAAACUAUAAAGGCUUUGAAAAAUGUGGAAAAGGGGAACUGUUUUCAGAAUUUAUUUAUAUUGUCAUAUAUUUUAGUUUAUAAUAUUUGUAAUUGGAAUGGUUUGUCAAAGUUCAGUAAUAAUUUAAUACAGUAUAUGAUAUGAUUGCCAUUAACUUUGAUUAUUAUUAUUAUUAACUUAUUUUCAUGUUUAAAUCCCAUUAAAGUUUAAGCACGCUAUUUGAGCUGUCUGUCCAGGACAGUGGGUUAGUGGUUAGUGAGAGAAAAGAGUGUGUAUUGGUCUUACACCUACCCAUUGAAUUGUUAAAACUUGCUCUGGGUGGGAGUCAGUACCGAGCUGCGAACCCUGUACCUACAUGUCCGAGGCCGGUAUUUAACUUUGAUUAAUCCCUUCGAAUCCAAAUUAUACACUGUAAAAUGACAAUCUACUUAUUUCUUAAAACAUCUUGAAUGACAUUAAAUAUGCAUUACUGAAGCUGGUCUUGAAAGGGUUUAGAUUGAAUGAUGAAACUAUUUAGUGUAGAAGUGGUAUAUUUGUUUAAAUGGGGGGAAAAAAUAAAAAAAUAAAUCCUAGAUCAUACUACAAAAUGCAUGUAUCAUGUAACAAUAUUACAAAGCCAUCUUCUUGUUUUUCUGCCACUAUUUUAAUUAAUAGGCCUAAGCAUCCCAUACCACGUCAUCCUACCAUAGCCUUCUAAAUAUUUAGCAAUUAUUAAUAAAAGUAAGACAUGAACAGUACACAUUGAAACAUUCUAUCUGACAAACCUAAACAAAACAUCAUGUAUUUUGGAAUUCUAGCAUAUUGCGUAUUUUUUAUUGUGACUGUCAGCUUAAUUUUUUCAGUACAAUUGCAGAAGCAGGGUGUUUUGAUUUUAUGUUGUAGACUACAUGGCAGACGGUCUGGAUUCAAUCCCCAUCAGUGAACUCAUUGGGUUAUUUAUCUUUCCAGCCAAUGCACCAUGACUGGUAUAUUAAAGGCUGUGGUAUGUGCUAUCCUGUUUGUGAGAUGGUACAUAUUGUAAGCCCCUCAACUAACAAAAGGAACAAGUCAGGAAUGGUAGAAAACAUUAUUUCAGAUUUAUUUACUACACAGUAGAUAAGCAGCCUAAGUGAAACUGAGAUAUGAACUUGCCAAAAGUGGUGUAAUAGGAAUGUAGGUAAAAAUCUUAAUUUAAUUGUUUGUAAACUGUAAAUUUUCAUUCAAAAACUCAGAUCUAAAUAGCUUACUAUUUGUCAUUUUGUUAUUUCGUAUGUUGUGACAACACUUAUGCAAAGUGAUGAGCAACCAUUUUUUCCUCCUGUUUAUACUUUUCUAACCAAUCAAAUUAUCAAAGUUUUUAUAUCCAAUAGCCCGUGAUGAUUACCAGGUAAUAAAUAAAGGUGCUCUAGUGGUGUCGUUAAACAAAACAAACAUGGUACAUUUCCAGUGUAAACUGGAAACCAGGCGAGAGACCUUAUUAGUGAAAGAUUAAGCCAUCAAGAGUUAUCUUCCCUUUAAAUAAAUGCAGUUUCGUUUUACGUUUCUAGCAGCGGUCACAGAAUAAAGAAUUCUGCUGAUCAUCUCUGCUUCUGUCUGUUAACGUCAGAUUCUAAUUGGAAUGAAGAUGAUUUCACGUUUUCUCAACAGAUGUUGUUGGUGCAUUCAGAGGAAUUUACACAGUGUUUCAACAUAUUCAAGACAAAAUGCUAUAUUCUGUCAAACUAGCUGCCUCUAUUCAAGUACACUACCACAUGUUAAUGUGCACAGAAAGGGUGCUGUGUGGGGAACUUCACUUUCAAGAACAUUUUAUUUCGCUGCUGAGAGAUUGAGUCGACUUGGUAUUGGAGGUGAUUAUCAUCAUGAGAUUGACAGUCACCAUGGAGAUGACAGAAUGAGUGAAAACAGAAUGAGGGAAAAAACUUCUGAAUCAAACCUGGGCUGGAGUGUUCGACUAGCAAAUGAAAAUGGCUACUUGUCAUGGUGUCGGAACACGUACUUGGUGACGAUGGUUGGGAUUGCUAUGCAGGCUGAAGGAGCCUUCGCCAUGUCUCAACAUGCAGCAGAAGUUGCCUUUCUCCUGGCUGGUAUGAACUUGCUUUGGGGAACGUGUUCGUUUGCAUCCAACAUCGUGUUGCUGAGACGCCACGUAGAGAUGUCAGUGCCAGUAGCUGUCAUGCACGUGGUGGGCGUCUUUCUUCACUUCUUGCUGUGGGUGUGCAUCGUGCUCAUGUACAUCGGCGUCAGUGAGGAAGACAACCGCGCAGACAGCUCAACAGAGUCUUCUUAAAAACAUGGUUGAGUCUUUGUGUAGGUGCUAAUCUGAACCACAAAGCCAUUCUUUCAAAAAUUGCACAAGACAGAGUGAAAAGGAUGUUUUGACAGUCGAGAAUGGUCCCAUGACUUGUAGGACUGCCACUUCCCAUAACAAUACAUUUUUCCUGCUUUGUCAGGGGUCUACCAUGGUAGAGCUUAUUGUGUAUUCAAGAAGUUGUGAUGACAUGCACUCAUAAAGAACUGUCCAAAUUGUGAUAUCAAGUUUUUUUCCUCCAAGGCCUUACAAAAAAUGUUUUUCCCAGGAACAUGCCCCCAAAAACUGUAGUUGUUUUUUGCUUUUCAUCAUAUUACUUUAAAAAUUCAGGUGUGUUUUUUCUAGUUGGGGUCAUGUUUCUGGAAACACAUUUUUUGUUUAGUUCUAAGUUAAGCAAUCUUAAAAUAUUAUUUGACACAGAAAUGCAAAGCCACUUUUAUUACAAUGUAUGUGGACUGGUAACAGACAUACGUUGCAUGAAGUUCUGAAUAAUCAUUGAAUAUGAUGGCACAAACAUUUAUGAUGACUGUAGUUUUGAGUUUUUCCCAUUAGUAACAAUGUGAUUACAAUGUGGUUAGACAGAUUUGCAGCUUUAUUGCAUAAUUCUUAGAUUAUCAGUAAACUAUUUUUAUUGAAAUUUUUCUUCUUAAAAACUUUACAAGGAAGGAAAUGUUUUAUUUAACGAUGCUCUCAACAUAUUUUAUUUUAAAACUUUACAAAUGACAGCUAGUAGAUUAUAUACAUGUAUACAAGCUUACGGGUAUCGAUAUAGCAAGUAGCAUUUUACCAGGUUACGUUCAAAAUGUACCAUCCUUUACUUUUAUAUAGCAUUUUAAAUAUGGCCACACAUGACAUUGGUGAUAUAUGUAACUGACUGGACUCAUUGGUGAUAUAUGUAACUGACUGGACUCAUCGGUGAUAUAUGUAACUGACUGGACUCAUCGAUGAUAUAUGUAACUGACUGGACUCAUCGGUGAUAUAUGUAACUGGACUCAUCGGUGAUAUAUGUAACUGACUGGACUCAUCGGUGAUAUAUGUAACUGACUGGACUCAUCGGUGAUAUAUGUAACUGACUGGACUCAUUGGCGUGGUGUUGUUUCAUCUGUCCAAUGCAUUCAGGUAAUUUGAUAUGUACUAAUAUGUGUGUGAAAAGUGGGGUCCCACUAAAAUUAGAAUGAGAGUUUUUGUGUGUAACUAGGGUAGUGAAAAGGGUACGGGUUGCAUUAUGUAUAUACAGUCAGGCCUCAUUACAAUGACCGUCGGUAUUACGACAUUUACACCAUCCGACCACAAAUUGUCAGAAACAAACGGACAUCAAUGUUAUUCUGUUCAUAUCACCAGAAUUCACACCUUCCGACACCGACAGAGCAACUUGGGAACAAACGUGCAUCCGACGUCUGAAAACGCCUCGUUACAACGACCUUACAUAAUCACAGAUGUCGUAGCACAUUGGCAGUACACACACAGCCACUUAGCAUCCUUGAUCUCAUCGUGAGCCGACCGUGUCACAUGCUAUCCGAGCUACUGAUGUCCGCUAAAUCUAUAGAAGAGUAUUGCUUUUGAAAAUAAGCCUUUAGACAUUCAAUUAUAGGAUCCAUUUCCAACAAUUAACUCUACUGUUUUAUGAUAUUAUGUAAACGAAGUAGGUACCAAUCGUAGAUAUAUUUACCCAAGGAAUGAUUAGAAUGACAUUAAAUGUGCCUUGAUUAAUAAUUAUAUAAUUAAUAAUGGUCUGUGAUCGGUCCCCGUCGGUGGGCCCAUUGGGCUAUUUCUCAUUCCAGCUAGUGCCCCACGACUGGCAUAUCAAAUGCUGUGGUAUGUCC